AUGGGUUUAUUAAGCAAGGAAGUAACUCAAUUUUAUGUUGGAACUAUAAUAUUAUGUUUAGAAUACCUCCACUCAAAUGUAAUUGUCCAUAGAGAUCUGAAACCUGAAAAUUUUAUAAUUAAUCCUGAAGAGAGAUUGGUUUUAGCUGAUUUUGGAUUUGCAAAGCAGAUUGGUCAGUCUUAGGGAUAAAGAGCUUUUACACUUAUAGGCACUUCCCAUUACAUGGCUCCUGAGAUCAUUGGAGGUAAGGGUUACUCUUAUAAUGUUGAUUUUGGAAUUUAGAUGUUUGCUUUUAUGAAUUUCAAUGAGGAGUACCAUAUGGCGAAGAAUUAGAUAACCCUUUUGAGAUAUAUGAGUUCAUCCUAAAUAACGAAUUAAUAUUUCCUAGUUUCUUAAAAAAAGAUAAACAAGCUAUAACAUGCAUAGAAUAGUUAUUAUCUAAAUAACCUGAAACUAGAUUAGGAAUAUCAAUUGUGGAUUUGA